ACAAAAAUCUGCGAAAAUGUAUGAAAAAUCCACAGGUGUCGCCUACGAGCGCAUCCAACGUGGCCCCCAGCCCGACACACAUCAAGCGCGCAUUACGCAGAUCGAAGAGUUCAUCAACGAAGUCCUAAAACGCGACCUCAGGGAACUGGAGAACUGGAUCGGGCAAUACAACCAAGAGAUCAUGGAGUAUGUCCAGCUGAAGAACACCCUGCAGACAUUCGACGCCCACCUGCCGGAAGGUUACAAGACCCAAGUGAACAUCGGCAGCAACGUGUUCAUGCAAGCGCGCGUGUCGCAAAUGGACAAGAUCCUGGUUAACGUGGGCAAGGACGUGUUCCUGGAAAUGAGCAUGGCGGAGGCGGAGCGCUUCAGCGAUGUGCGGAUCAAGAUACUCACCAAGGAGGCGGAUGUCCUGCGCGAUGAGAGCAUCAAGAAGCGGACCCAGAUAAAGAUGUCUCUGUUGGCGAUAGGCGAGCGGGAAAAGCUGAUGCAGGAGGAGGCGCAUCAGUAAGCAGCCUUUAUAGGUAGCGGGUAGGGAAAAUAGUUCUACACCAGCACUCAGUUUAUUUAAUUUCGAUUACACUUAAAUUUAUUGUAAAUGUGUUGGCCGAAUGGUAAAUGGGUUUUAGUUAAAUGAAA